CGUUUGAGUGAGGUUGUACCCCUCACUGGUGCAGGAACUAGGCAAGAGGCAAGGAUUUAUGUGGGUGGAGUCUUGUACUGGACCCCGAUUUGGUUGGGAGAGACUUAAACAAGCUUUUGAACGCAGUUGGAGCUGGGUGUUGCUGUUGAAGUGUCCCUGCCCGGCUCCCUGCAACUGCUGCUUUGACUAGUCCUGUGCCCUUUCACUUCCACAUGUCCCCUCUUCCCCUGGUGGCCACUGUAUUCAGCAGCUCAACUAGGUCUGUCCCGACUGAGCGGUUACAUCGUGGUUGGGGCACUAGCAGGAGUCUGGACACCAGGUUCCAGAACAGCUCUUCUGCUCAUGCGGCUCGUGCAGCCAGCCAAAAAAUGCCAAAGAUUUGGUGACAUGCUCAGGCAGCAGCACUUUUCAAGCCAGGGAAGGACCCAGCUGUCCCAAAGAGCUUCAAACUUGUCUCUCUGCUAUACCACACAUACAGAUUAUACGGCUAGCUGAUGCUGAACUGGCUUGUCCCAUACGUAAAUAAAUGCCUGAUCCCCAAACAGGGCAGCCUUCGCCCUGGAAAAUCAACACCAAGCCAGCUGCUUAUUCUGACUCAAGAUACUGAGGAUGGUUUUGAAAGAGGCCAAAUCACCAGAGCUGUGUUUAUCAACCUAACAGCCAUCUACGAUAUAGUUAACCACCAGUUCCUCCACAAGACCCCGGAAAUGACAAAAGAUCUGUGCCUUACAGAACUGAUGUGAACCCAGCUCAAAAACACUUUUUUGCCAAACUGGAUGGGAAGUGAAGUAGAUGGAAGUGACAUUAAUGGCCUCCCCCAAAAGAAGCAUACUUGCACCACUGUUGUGGAACUUGACCAGCCAAUCAAUUUGGAAACAAGGUUUCAUCUGUUCAGACAACCUGCCCAUAACAAGCCCAAACACUAACUUUGACAAUGUUGAAAAAUCCCUUACGGAAGCACUAGUUGGCCUAACUUCAUACUACACUGAAAACCAGUUAUAUAUCAACCCAACAAAAACACAACCAUGUAUGUGCCUUCUGUCUGAAAAACAGUGAGGCCAACCACCGACCGGCUCAGCAUUGGAUGUCCGGGACCCCACUAUCCCACUGUCCAAAUCCAGUUUACCUUGGAGUCACCCUCGAUCAAACCCUCUCAUACAUGAAGAUGAAAGCAAAGGUUUUCACAUUAAAAGAGAACAACAAUGGCAGACUUAGAAGCUGGACUCCAGUCAGGGGAAGAUGUUACAGAUGCAAGAUCUUUCAUUGGCUCUGAACAGCACACUGUCGAAGUAGAUGCACUUCCUGGAAAGAACCCACCUGCUGGUAAAUCCAUGGACUCUGAAAUACUGCCAGAUGACAGUUACAAAAUGGAUUAUCCAGAGAUGGGGAUGUGUGUAAUAGUAAAUAAUAAGAACUUCCAUCCAAGCACUGGAAUGGCAUUUCGAUCCGGUACAGAUGCAGAUGCUGCACUUAUUAGAGAAACUUUUAUAAAUUUAGGUUACAAAGUCAAGCUUAACAAUGAUCUUAAGUGUAAGCAAAUUAUUGCCCUUUUGGAAAAUGUUGCUAAAGAAGAUCACAGCAAGCGGAGCAGUUUUGCUUGUGUGUUGUUAAGUCAUGGUGAAGAGGGAGUGAUCUUCGGUACAGAUGGUCCUCUUGAGUUGAAAUUAUUAACAGGACUCUUCAAAGGUCAAAGUUGCAAGACGCUAGUUGGAAAGCCAAAGCUCUUCUUUAUUCAGGCUUGUAGAGGGACAGAUUUGGAUCCUGGCAUUGAGACAGACAGUGGACCAGAGGAAAGAAUGUGUCAGAGAAUACCUAUAGAAGCAGACUUUUUAUAUGCAUAUUCUACUGCUCCUGGCUAUUACUCCUGGAGAAACUCAGCGGUGGGCUCCUGGUUUAUUCAGUCGCUAUGUACAGUGCUGAAACAGCAUGCAAAGAAUCUUGAGCUUAUGCAGAUCUUAACACGUGUAAAUCGCAAGGUGGCAGAAUUUAGCUCGUGUUCAAACCGAACAGAGUUUGAUUCAAAGAAGCAAAUUCCAUGUAUUGUGUCCAUGCUUACCAAAGAUGUGUACUUUUCUCACUGAAGACCAGCACCUUUAUUUGUAUUUCUGCAUAGAAUUUCAGUAAUUUAUGCAUUGAGUACCAGUUACAAAUCUGAGUUACCGUUCACUACUGUAUGUAAGUAGCCUAGCUGAAAUGAAGUCUAUUUAAAACUAAAUCGGUGCAGUAUUAAAGAGGUUAACACGAUGUUACCACUAACUGAAAUAAGGACAAGUUUGAAAGUAGUGUUUCUGAAAAAUUAGGAGGAGACGGAUUGAAUCGCAUAUUCUCUGUUUUAGACGCAUCAUUUCAUUCUGGAUGGAGUAGGAAGUCAUGAAACUUUAGUUUCUCUUUUCAUCUAUGAAAUCUCAUUAGGAAGGGAUUCAGAAAAUGGUAUGCACCAGAAUCAUUUCACUGAUGGUGGUGAUACUGCAUUAGUGUCACUACAAAUUAGUGUAUUUGAGAAGUACCAUAUUUUCCUCACAUAACACACACAUUUUCCCCUAAAUCAGCUGGGGGAAAUUUGAGUGUGUAUUAUAUGUAAAAAAGAUGGAUUCCCAGAGGUCCAGAGAUUUGAUGGCAGGGGAUGCAGUGGUAGCAAUAAUUGUUGUGGCUUCCAGAGCCAUAGCAAUUAACACUGCCACCACUCUCCCACUGCCAAGUCUCCAGAUCCUUGAGGAGGCCCUGGCUGGCUGACAUGCUACUGCAUGCCAGAUUGAUCCUGUAUGCCAGCCCAGUCCACAGCUGAACCCAGCACCCCAGAUCAGGCUGAUACAUGGGUCAGUCCAUAUCUGAAUCCAGUGCCUGGCCAUGGAGACCCCAGACCUCAGGUACUUGCCCAUACUCCAUGGUAAGAUUUUUUUUUUUUUUUCCCCUUUCUUGGGGCCUUCCAAAAACCAAGAGUGCGUGUUAUAAUCAAGAUCAUGCUAUAGGUGAGAAAACAUGGUGCUCUAGAGGACUGUGUGAACUAUGGGAAUAUACCAUUCUUUGUAUACAAGGAGGCAUCCUCUUCAUCCAGCUGUUUUGUGGAUGGAAUUGAAUAGCUAAGACAGCAUUCCUGAAAAAUGCUCCUUGCUCACUACUCUCAACUCCCUAUAGAUGAAGGUGCUUAACACCUGCUGACAGCACUUGAUGCCUUGCAGGAUGAAAACAAAAUGGGACUAUACUUCGAGUGACAAACUCCACUGUUUUUGGCCAUAUAUCAUGAGAUGUUUUUGUUUUUGUUUUUCUUUAAAUACUGUGUGUACAUUAUUCAAUCUGUCACCAAAAAUAAAUGUGUCAUAUUGGAGAAAACUCAACGGCUUUUUUUAAAAUAUCAAUUUUUAUAAUUUAAUAAAAGGUGUGGUAAAACAGCAUAUUUAAAUCUCUCAUUAGGUUUUUCCACUUAGUGAGACUAUACUGGUAUGUAAAAGUGAAUCAGAUUUUUAAAGUCGUAAUAAGUUUAAUCAUAAAUAUUUUUAUCUUCAUUGAUAACAGUCAAAAUCUUCUGAUUUAAUAGAAAAAGGAAACUCAGAAUUGUAAAUGACUAUUGGAUGCCUGCAGACAAGACUUUUUAAACUUUAAAAAAAAUUUAAAAAAUCAAAAAGACUUUAUCAAUUAAAUAUUGUUAAUUUAA